AUGCUGCGCGGGGCCCCGCGGCGGGCGGCGGCGCUGGGCGCCGUGCUGCUGGGCUCGCUGCUGCUGGCGGCCGCCCGGGGCGCCGAGGAGUGCCUCCGCGGCAACGGCGCGUCCUACCGCGGCGGCCGGCGAGUGGCCGCCGGCGGCGCCCCGUGCCUCAACUGGCUGGCGGUGCGGAGCGGCCCCGGCGCUGUGCUCCCGGCAGUCGCAGAGGACCACAACAGCUGCAGGAACCCGGACGGCGAUGCCGCGCCCUGGUGCUACGUCCAAGGAGCCGCCGGGGUUCCCGAGCGGAGACCCUGCGACAUCGCCCAGUGCCCAGAUGCUGCAGCUGCCACAGCCCCUGUCCCUACAGCAGGAGUUGGUACUUCUCAGGAGGCCAGCCAGGUGUUUGAACCAGCUGACACCUUGCCCUCCCGGAGCGAGGCAGCCGCAGUGCAGCCUGUCAUUGGCAUCAGACAGAGAGUGCAGAUGAACUCCAAAGAGAAGAAGGACCUGGGCACACUAGGCUAUGUGCUGGGGCUGAUCAUGAUGGUGAUCAUCAUUGCCAUUGGAGCUGGCAUUGUCCUGGGAUAUAUCUAUAAGAGGGGGAAGGACCUGAAGGAGAAGCAGGAGCAGAAGGCAUACGAGCGCGAGAUGCAGCGCAUCACACUGCCCCUCUCUGCCUUCAGCAACCCUGCCUGCGAGCUGGUGGAUGAGAGCACCAUCGUGGUGCACACCAACCAGACACCAGUGGAGGACACACAGGAUGUUGGUGGCCCUCUGAUGGGGCAGGCAGGUACUCCUGGGGCCUGA